UGCAUUCGUGCGCGCACCCUUCAUGGCAGCUCCCACAUACUAGAUUUUCUCUCACUGAAUGUAGUGUUUCCGCUAAGAUUUCCACUCGGUUUCGAUGCCUUCGAGCCUCCACGAAGUUCUUGCAAGCCACUCCUUUGCGUCAGUUGACCUUAAGGCCUAGGCCUACGAUAGGCCUGUUAUAAAUUUGCGUAUAUUUCUUGAUUUAUGGCCGGAUGCAAAUGAAUUGGGCUUGGGCAUCAGCGUUCAUUCACGAAGAUCGAAGGAAAGACUCAGAAACGUCAAACGCACCUUUGAGGAAGUCUCAUCCCCAUGAACGGAUCGUCUAAUGUCAAAGGAUUGUUUGCGUGCAUUAAUGAGAAAAUGGGAGCCAAUGCAUCGCAAUUGGAGAGAGAAAUAGGGUCUGACCACUUUCCACCCAAUGAACAUUUUUUUGGACUUGUCAAUUUUGGGAACACAUGCUACAGUAAUUCAGUGCUUCAAGCACUCUACUUCUGCAAGCCAUUCCGAGAGAAAGUUCUUGAAUACAAAGCAAAGAACAAGAGGUCCAAGGAAACCCUCCUCACAUGUUUGGCUGACCUGUUUUAUAGCAUUGCAACACAGAAGAAGAAGGUGGGAACUAUUGCUCCAAAGAAAUUCAUUGCUCGGCUGCGAAAGGAAAAGGAGGACUUUGAUAACUACAUGCAGCAAGAUGCACAUGAGUUCCUCAUAUUCCUGAUGAACCAUGUGAAUGAAGUCAUGCUUGCUGAGAGGCAAGCAUCUCAACCAAAUGUUGGCAAGUCAAAGAAUGAUGUCCAGCCAGGGUCUGGGCAGAACCAGCAGAGGAAAGAGAAGCCUGAACCAACAUGGGUUCAUGAGAUCUUUCAAGGAGUUCUUACAAAUGAAACAAAAUGCUUGAACUGUGAAACUGUGAGCAGUAAAGAUGAGGAAUUCCUUGACCUGCAAGUUGAUGUGGAUCAAAAUACCAGCAUUAGCCAUUGCUUGAAGAGGUAUUCUAACACAGAAACACUAUGCAGUGAAGAUAAAUUUAAAUGUGACAACUGUCGCAGUUACCAGGAGGCCCAGAAGAGGAUGCUAGUGAAAAAGCUCCCCAUGAUCCUGGCAUUACAUUUGAAGAGAUUCAAAUAUGUUGACCAGCUGAACCGAUAUGUGAAGGUGUCUCACCGUGUUGUCUUCCCUCUUGAACUACGAUUGUUCAACACUUCUGAUGAUGCUGUGAACCCUGACCGUCUAUAUGAUCUCGUGGCAGUGGUUAUCCAUUGUGGUAGUGGGCCAAAUAGAGGUCAUUACAUCAGCAUAGUGAAAUCUCACGGGUUCUGGCUGCUCUUUGAUGAUGAUGUGGUUGAGAAAAUCGAGGCUUCAGCAAUAGAAGAUUUCUUUGGCUUGACGUCAGAACCUGGUAUCCCCAAGUCAUCUGAAACUGGGUACAUCCUUUUCUAUCAGUCAAGGGACUGCAAUUGAUUUUUAUCUAGUCUGUGAUGAAGAGCUGACUUUGAUGAAGGCUCAUCAUUUUAAGUUCCUUUUCUGUAUCUUUUAGAUGUAUUUGUAAACUCAAUAUCCUUGGAGUGAUUUGUUAUUGAAGUUACAUGCAGUAAAAGUCUAUUUACAGUGG